GUUUACCCCACUUACUGCUGUGGCGCAGCGACGCGAAGUGGAUCUUGGCCUCCGAUACCAAAGACCGCCAUGCUUCUCUGUCCAAAACCUUUCUCUGUCUAGAGUUCCAAUUGAAGACCGUCUGGGCGCCUUAGCUACCGCUGGAGAGACGAAGUGCAAAAAGACCUGUCGCCUGGACAGAAACUGUUUAGUUUACCCUAGCAAUCACAAAAUGUUUUAAAAACCCAAACGCCACGAAACGGAUGAUCCCAUUGUGAUAAAACAAGUCUAAGAACGAGCGCCAGAAAACUUGCUCUAAAAUGAAUAAAACAGCAACAUCGGUUCACCUUUAUAACAGCCACGGUGCUACAGACAUACGCAAUAGCGCCUUAUUACGCCCUUCUUUUUGCGGCGGUGUUUAAUAAAAAUUGCUGUCAAACGCCUUAGCCUACUCUUUAAAAUCAACUGUAUUCUUCCACUACGAAAUAUCUUAAAAUAUAAUCUCAUAUAUGUUAGUGUUAUGUUAUCUUUAUUUUCAGUCAUGACAAGUGAUAACGUACUUGUAACACGAAAUGACAGCGCCACCUUUUGGCGGUGUUCUGAAGUUCAUAGGUUAGUUUAUGUAGUUACAUUAUUAUAUGCUCUUUGGUUACAUUACUCAUCGGUAGGUGUCGCUACAUUAUAGAUAAAUAUGAGCGGGUUUAAUGUUAUCUUGAAUAGUUUGAAAUGAGGUCCAAGUUGAACUCUUAACUUUGCAAUAGUGUGGUAACAGUAGUAGAUAAUUAAAAAGUACGUGUUGGACCUAAAGUUACUUUUAUUGACAUUGUCUUGUCAAAAAUGUCAUAAUACUACCGACGGCGCUGACCGCGUUUAUUUUAAGUUAGUAAAACUCAUAAAGUAUUAUAUUUUAGUUGAAUGAUCAAUACGAAGUGACAAAAACUAUUAGAUUUGUAUGGAGUUUUUCGAAAAAGCGCAUGUUGUAAAACGGGAUCACAACACAGACGACAAUAUGAAGAAACAACUAAAGCAAAUGUUGUACGGGUACAAACAAAAUGAUAAUAAACUCAUUCGAGACGCGGCUAAUAUUGAAAAGGAAGAUGAUUCCACAUCUGUAAGUGGAUUUUCCGACCUCGACUUGACCGCAUCCAGCAGCGAGGGAAACAGUACACGGCAAAGGAUUUCUUUUAUAGGACCCGGAAGCGUAAGAGAUACUGCAAUUGUCAACUUAGAUGAUUCUGUAGACAGUCAAUCACAUAAGUCUUCAAAUCUAGACAGUAGCUUUGAGGAGAAUGUUAGUUUGCCUAAGACCAGUGAUGUGUCUCUUUCUGAUAUAAACGAGGACAUCCAAAGUCUUUCUGAAGCUUCAAUUUCUAUUAAUGAAGGCAAUGAGAGUGAUGACCAUUUCUCAAUGACUAGCACUUCUGUAGAUUCCGCCUCAGAUUUUGAGUCCAGCGCUAGUGAACCAUUUGAUCCCGAUGGCAGAUUAGCCUCAAAAAUAUUUGAAAAAUUAAAAUUGCGAGACAAUCCGAGAGUUUCCAAAAAGGAAAGAAAAAUAAGUCAAAUACCGGAAUCCGAGAAUUAUAGUCAAGAAUCUAUUCUGAUGGAAAGUAACUCAAGUGAAGAGUUGCUUUCUGAUAAAGGAUUAGAGAGACAUUCAGCAGACACUGUUGAUUACUCAAAUAUUGCAUCACCUUCAUUUGUUUCUAUAACUGCAGUAGACAUGCCCCAUCAAACCCUCAGCGAUGUACUCGGAGAGUACACAUAUCCAACCAUUAGAAACUUGCCCUCUGAAGCCCAGAAUAUGUUUGCUACUAAUAAGUCUGGUAUAUUCCCAACAUUGGAGGAAGAGAGUGUGAAUGAUCCUAAUUAUAGUUUACUGCCUGAGGUAGGAAGUGAGCUUGAUGACCCAGAGGUCAUGGACUUGGAAUCCAGUACUGAUAUGCCAGUAGAGGAGAGCUCACUUGCUUAUGAUGAAACCAUACAAUCGGAGGAAACAUUCCAAAGAGAGACUUCAGCAGAGUUGGUUGAUACAAACUUUGUAAAUCCCGUAAAUAUUUUCUAUGGAAAAAAUUGCUGUAUACUAAUUCUUAAGCAUCCUGCUGAAAUAUACAUUCAUGGAAAAGUAAAAGUCACUUCAUUGGGAGGUUUAGUAGAAAUAGGUGGCUACACUCUACAAGAUAAGACUUACAGGGUUUAUGCACCAAAUUACAACUGUGCUCAAUACUUACGGACACUAGAUCAUGAUAAGGGCUAUUAUGGGUUAUUUGGAAAGCUGACAGGAUCAGGUCUCUCCGUGGCAGCUGCUGAAGAAAUUGUAACCACCCUCAGUCCCCGUGAUAGUGUUGUACAAUUGCAACCAUUGCAUGAUAGAGUAGCUCAGUUUGUAGAAAAUAGCUGCACCAUAACUGAUCUAUUUUCCAAGACCAAUAAAAAUGUUGAUGGCUGCUUCAGAAAAGCAUCAGACUUUUUGGGAUGCUCACUGUACCUUAUGAAACCUUGGAAGAGUUUUGAAGAGAAUCCUUGUUGGAGCCAAGCUUUGCAACAUGGAUAUAAGCAUCAAAGCAGAGGAAUCGUAUGCGGCGGAAAGGGCUUAGGCAAGAGUUCUUUCCUACGCUAUUACGUGAACAAAAUGUUGGCGCGCGGGCCCGCGCUGGUGUUGGACCUGGACCCUGGGCAGAGCGAGUUCACGCCGGCGGGUUCCGUGUCGGCUACUGUGGUGGAGGAACCGCUGCUUGGCCCGGCAUUCACGCACUUGAAGACACCCGAAAGGAUGUUGAACAUCGGUAUCAUUAGCACAAUGGAUAACCCGAGACGCUACGCGACAGCGGUGCAACAACUCAUCGCCUACUGCCACAGCGAGCCCCGCUUCCGCGACCUGCCCUGGAUCGUCAACAGCAUGGGCAUGGUCAACGCUCUAGGCCUCCAGUUCAUGGCCCUGAUAACCAUACUUCUACAACCCACAUUCAUCCUUCAAAUUGACUCUAAAAACCCUAAAAAAAGAUACGCACAUUACCUUGAUUCUGAUACAGUUAAAUCUCUGUAUUAUAAGUAUCAGUAUCACUAUCUUUUCAAACCAAUUAAGUUACAGAAUGAGUUGGAUUAUGCCCUCAUAUUGUCAAGCGCUGAUAGUGUUAAGGGCAAUUUCUCGCUGCCGCCUAAGGAGGAGAGAUACCUAAACUUUUUGGCCUAUUUUGGCAGCAUGAUGACUAAUAAUGCCACUGACGACUUCCUGCUCAGCGUUGUUCCGUAUGAAGUGGAUCUACGCAACUUAUACAUCGCGUUGAAUGUUAGAAUCAAUGAAGACAACAUUGCGCGGGUAAUCAACGGUAAAAUAGUAGCGCUGUGCAAACACGAGGGAGAUAGCGACAAGGUGUACACGCUCAAAGACACUCCGCUGCGGUGCUACGGACACGGGCUAGUUCGCGGGAUAGACCCGGAGAAGGGGCUGUGCUACGUGGUGGCGCCGGCGGCGGCGGGCGACACGCUGCUGUACGCGGACUGGGCGCCGGAGCUGCGCCUGGGCGCCGCGCUGGCGGGCGCCGCGCUGCCGUACCGCGCGCCCGCCGCCGCGCCGCGGCUCAUGGCGGCGCCCCGCCGCCGCUACAACCCGCUACAACUACUCAAAAUGUCUAGGGUUCCUAAAGUGAAAGCUUCCGUUAGUUAAUAAAAGUGUAAUUGGAGUAGAUCCAAAAUAUCAUCUUAAAUUAUAAAAGGAAGUCUAAUUUUAUGUUAAUUCAUGUAUAUUUGAAAGAUAAUUUUGUACUUACAAUACUAAUAAAACAUAACAUAGA